UAACCAAUAAAUUUUAAGAAGAUUUAAAUUAUGAAUGCCCCUCACUACUACCAGUCAUCAAGCUGAAAAGGAAAGAUUAGGUCCCACUAAAAAUUUACAACCAUAAUGGAGUGAGUGUGUGGGUACCAUUUUACAAUAUAUUGUUCAACAUUUGUCCCUUUUAAUCCGAUUAUUAUCCCUUACACUCUCCACACUCUUUUGCACAAUGGAAAAUGGAUCACCCUUACUUCAUUGUCUCUUGCAACAUACUCUAAGGACCUUAUGCUCAUUUUCUACUUCUUCAACUUCUUCCAAAUGGGUCUAUGCUGUUUUCUGGAGGGUAGUACCAAGAAAUUUUCCUCCACCAAGGUGGGAAUUUGGAGGCACUUCUCUUGAUCGCUCCAAGGGAAAUAAAAGAAAUUGGAUCAUUGUAUGGGAAGAUGGAUUUUGUGAUUUUAAUGAAUGUGAACAAAGGAAAAGUGGAUACUUGAUUAAUGAAAUAUUUGGAGCUGAUGUAUUCUUCAAAAUGUCUCAUGAAGUUUAUAGUUAUGGAGAAGGACUAGUGGGGAAAGUUGCAGCAGAAAAUGGUCACAAAUGGAUUUAUAGUGACACUCAAAAUGGAAGUGAAUCUAACUAUGUUGGUCCAUGGAAUUCUUCAAUUGAUCAUCAACCAAGAGCAUGGGAGUUUCAGUUAAAUUCAGGCAUUCAGACUAUUGCUGUCAUUGCUGUCAGAGAAGGCUUAGUACAACUUGGUUCAUUCAACAAGAUUGCAGAAGAUCUUGAUUUAGUGCUCAACAUACAAAGAAAAUUCAGCUACCUCCAAACCAUACCAGGAGUGUUUUCAAUUCAAAGACAACCACACUUAGCCUUUCAAAAUCCAUACAUUACCAAACCCAACUUCCAAAUAAUGGAAAGCAAUGAAAUUUCUAAGAACCAAGUAACCAAACUCAAUAAUCUGCAUGAUGAAAGAUCCAAUUAUUUCUCCAUGAUAUCCAUAAACUUAGGAAGAAACUUUCCACAAAUUGGAACAUCAAUGUCACCUCUUUGGUCACCUCAACUUUCUUUGCCUAACAAUCACAUGCAACUUCAUGAAACCAAUAUAACCAAUAACACAAGCAAGAAAGUGAAGAUUGAAGAUGGAACAUUUCAUAUUGCUGAUUAUGGUCCUAAUAACUCCUAAACAAAUAUUUGUAGAAGAAUUAAAUGAAUGCAAUGACCCUUAAUUUUAGUAGUUUGCAUGUAAUUAUGUAUUAUGAAAGAUUGUUGUAGUAUUUUAUUUUGUACCAUUACUAGGACUAGCUAGCCACCAUAAUGGUAUAGGUGGCACGUUUUAUGUGUGUGUGGCCAAUAUUCAAUAAAUCAUUGAUAUGUACUAUUGCUCCUUCCUUUUGCUCAUUAA